CCUUGAUAAAAUACACCGGAUGCCGAUGUUCUAUAUGGCCGAUUCCGAAGACGGGGUUAUCUAUAAAGGUAAUAAGAAUAAACACGUCAGUGAUCUGUCUUCGUUCCUUCCUUCCUUCCUUUCUUUCUUUCUUUCUUUCUCUCUAUUGCCAGUGAAUGACUGAAUACCCGGCUGUCAUUCAUGGUGGAUACAGCCAGGGCAGGGACCUGGACAUUGAAGAGGACCCCCGGGGAAACCAGUCGUUUGAAAAUGGUACUUAUGACCUGAUUGGUGGUCGCGUGCUCGGUCCUGCACGCUACCAGGAACUUGCAUCGAACUAUGCAGAAUGGGGGUAAAGUUGUUAUUAUGGAAAGCACGCGUGAUGCAAUGGAUGUAUAACUUGUUUUUGGAACUCUCCCUGGAUGGUGGGUGGUGGCUGAGCAAACCGGAUCCACGUCUCUUCAACAUCAGUCGCGCGUAUUCCUGGACACAUAGAUUUCGAGCGCAUGCGGCCUCAAUCCUGGUCAUCAUCCACUUGACUGCGCAUCACGCCCUGGUGGACGUUGCGCGACUCCAGAAAGAAGAAAGCUUCCUCAUCCACGCUGCCACUGGCGGAGUUGGUCAGGCUGCGAUCAAUCUCGCGCGAGAUCAGAUUCCGUCUGAUCAUAUUGUGUCGAGU